AAGGAGAUUAGACACCUACCUACCCCCGCUCCCGUCCUCGGAACUGGGUCAGGGAUUCCAAGACACAUGCAGUGAAAGCCCUCGGAACCUUAGAAUGUGGUGAGAAAUUCCAGGAGCACGGAAGUCAGCGGGCUUCUCCUGGAGACAGGCCGACAUUUGGUCUCAGCAACCAUGUCCAACGUCACGAAGGAUAUUGCGCACCCCUCGGCGGGAGAGGAGCCUAGCAUGGCGAGAGCUGUGGUUCGCAGCGUUGGAGGCUUUACUCUGGGCUUGUCUUUGGCCACGGCCUACGGGCUUCUGGAGCUCCUGGUGGAAGGGCACAGCCCCUGGGGCUGCCUGGUGGGCACCCUCACUUUGGCUGCCUUCCUUAGCCUGGGCAUGGGAUUCUCCCGCCAGGUCCGAGCCACUGUCCUCCUGCUGCUGCCCCAGGCCUUCUCCAGGCAGGGCCGGACACUACUGUUCGUGGCUGCCUUUGGGUUGGUGCUUCAAGGGCCUUGUGCCAACACUCUCCGCAACUUCACCCGGGCCAGCGAGGCUGUAGCCUGUGGGGCAGAGCUGGCACUGAACCAGACCGCCGAAGUGCUGCAGCGGGCCAAGCAGCCCCUUGUCAGUGCCCUGAACAAGAUUAAAGCUAUUGCCCAGAAGACCAAAGAAGUGGCUGACCGGGUCCGCAAGUUCUUUCGGUCAAUCAUGGAUGGUGUGAAACAUGUAGCCAGGGCUCUCCGGAAUGUGUGGCAGUGGCUCCUGCAUGUCGGGGACGUGUGCAACGCGGAGCUGGGCAACCCUUACCUGAAGUGUGCGCGGGUCUUUGAUGACGCCAAGGACAGCUGCAUGCAGGUCAUACCGCAAGCCUACCAUCUGUGUUACGUGCUCAUGCCCUUCAAACUGGCGCUCUGUGGACUUGCCAGCUUGGUCCAGGUGUUCUGUGUCAUCCCCAAAUACCUUCAACCCUUCUUGCGCCAGACCAUCGGCACCCCUGUGAUUCAGUUGCUCAACCGCGUGCGUCAGGAGUUUGAGUUCAACAUUACAGCCACCCACCACUUCUCUGUGGAUCUCAGUGCCUCUCGGAGCCUGUCGCAGGUAGCCAUGGACCUCCAGGAGGCUGUCAGCAUGAAGCUGCACCGCAUCCGAGAGGCCUUGGCUCUGAUGGGUUUCACCACGCCUCUGCUGCUUGUGCUUCUCUACCUCCAAGCCCUAUUUUACCGGUACUGUUACCUGAACUGGGACCAUUACGACAAUAUCUACAUCACCAGCCGGUUCCUGCGCAUGGAGUCUGUGCGCUCGUCGGCUGGGCUGCCCACGGUGCUACCGCUCAGUGCUCACGAGGCCAGGCGCUACAUCCCGCCGGGAUCCAUCUUCCUGUCCCAAUGGGAGAAGUUUUUUUGCAUUCUGGAGACCUUCAACCUUAUCCGACACCUCCUUCUCGUGCUGUUCCUAGUCUUCCUAGACUAUGCCGUCUUCUGGGUGCUUGACCUGGCCCGGCACCAGCUGCAGGGGGAGCUUGUGGCCCGCAGUCCUGUGUUGGUGUCUAUAACUGUGGAAGGGACUGGCUAUGCUGGGAAUAUUUACCGUGACCUGGUGUCAGCAUUUAAUGUACUGCAGCAAGGCAACAUCAGUAUUUUGUCCCGGCGUUGUCUCCUUCGUCCCUCGGAGCCUGACAGCACUGGUUACAUAGUCAUUGGUGUCAUGUAUGGCCUAUGCUUCUUCGUCACCCUGUUUGGCAGCUAUGUCAGCCGGCUGCGGCGAGUCAUCUGUGCCUCCUACUACCCAUCCCGGGAGCAGGAGAGGAUCUCCUACCUGUACAACAUACUUCUGAGCCGCCGAACCAAUCUAUUGGCUGCCCUGCACCGAUCAGUGAGGCGGCGGGCAGCUGACCAGGGCCACAGAAGUGCCCUCCUAGUGCUGGCCAGCCGGUGUCCCUGGCUACGUCCAUUCUUCAGGUGCUUUUGGCUGCCUCAGGCCUACUGCCUGGGCUGUGGGAAGCCCCAGAGUGAGGGAGACAUGGAGAACGUUGUGUCCUGCAGUACCCCAGGCUGCCAAGGUCUGUACUGCCUCACCUGCUUCCGCCUCCUGGACAAUACCUGCUCCAUAUGUGCCUCUCUCCUCUCCUACCAAGGGGACCUGGACUUGGAGCUGGAUUCUAGCGAUGAGGAGGGCCCUCAGCUAUGGCUGGCUGCAGCUCAAAGGAAGGACCCCGAGCAGGCGCGGUUACUGCAGCGACAGCUCCAGGACGUGCUCGGCAGGGGCCUCGCAAAGGAGUCCACUUCUGAGUCCAGUGACCUGGAUGAGGAGAAGGGGCCUCAGCAGGGGAAGCAUGGGCAGCAGCCCUUACCUGAAGCCCAUCAGCCUGUCAGCAUUCUCACCAGCCCUGAGCCCCACAGACCACCUGAGACAUCCUCUGCCCCCAAUGCAGCCCCCACUGCAGCUUCAGAACCCUCAGUCCCUCUCUCACCUCCCUCUCUUCCAGAUCUUUCCCACCCACCCCCCAAAUAAACCAAAAGUGGACACAAGUGUGAAUCUUAAAUUAUUAUUAUUUCUUCCUGUCGCUUACACCCGAGGUGGGGGGUUGGGGUGGGGGAAAGGAAAUAGGAGGGGGGGAGUGCCUCUCCCCCUAAGGCACUGACUGGGAAAGCCACAAGUAGGGAGAAGGGAGGCCACAUUGUCCCCACUCUCUGGGGCUGGGCCCCAGGUCUCCCCAGCCCUGGGCUCCCCCCAUCACCUGAAAUGCUAAGAUGAGGCCCAGGACAACCCGACCUCCCCACCACCCCAAUAUAUUACAUCAUCACUUUUUAAAUAGAUACAGGGACUGGUCCCGCUACCCCCUCCCUGUGACCCCUCCCCACUGUUAGGGGUACCUGGGCAGCUGUGCAAAUGGGCAAAGGGGUGCAUGGAAGAGAGGAAGAGCACCGGGCCCCUGAACCUGCCCCUUUUAAGGAGGGGGAGGGGCCGUCAGGCCAGGAAGGGGAAAUAGUGCAAGGCAGAGCCCAGGCUGCAAAAGGGGUCCAGCACCCAGCGAGGAAGGGGGGUUGUCCCCCACCCCCAGCAGAAUUGGGUAGUUAAAAAAUCUGAAACUAGAUUUCAACAAGACCAACAGAAGAGGCUAUGUACAGAAUGGGGGUGGAUUGAAACCUAAAAGAAGAGAGAGGAGGUUAUUCUCCUCCGCCCGACAGGAAGCCCGGCUGGCAAGGAUCUGGGAAGGGGAUCACUUUUCCACAGGUCCGUAGCCCUUUUCCCUGCGGCCCAGCGAGAAGCUCCGUGCCCACUGCCUUGGCAAGGGGGCGCCGCUCACCAGGUGGGGUGGGUGAGGAGCGCGAAGACAGCUCGCUCCAGUGGCCGCGGGGGGCGCUCGCCGCCCAGGGCAUGGCCGCCAGAUGGCGCCGGCUCGCCCGCUCUCCGCAAGGCUCCUCCAACCCCUCACCCUGUCCCACACCCCUCGCUGCGCCAGCCCGGGGGCGGCGUGAGUCAGGGGCGGCAGCGGUGGCGGCGGCUCCGGCUCGCACCUGGGCGGGAGGAGGUGGGGAGGAGAAGAGGGUAGGACGCCGCCCGGCCCGCCCUGCCCUCUGGCCCCGGGGAGGGAGCGGCGGG